CUCUGACAGUCACUUCCGGAAUGCCCGUGAGAACAGAGAAUGGCGGAAUAUUCACGUGUGAAGUCUACCAAACUGGUGCUGAAAGGACUGACAGAUAAGAGCAAGAAGAAGAAACACAAGGACAGGAAGAGGAAAGGGGAGGAUGAGGCGGGGAAAGUCGACAUUGUUGGAGGCUGGUGGGCCGUCAGCAACCUGGGAGAAAUCACGGGAACCGUUGCCAUAGAGAUGCACGGCCGCUCCUACGUGCACGCGCUCGACACGGGACUCUUCACCGUCGGCGCUCCGCACAAAGAAGACGAAGGGCCGGACCCCCCCGAGCAGUUCACUGCUGUCAAGCUGUCCGACACCAGAAUCGCUCUCAAGUCGGGCUACGGGAAGUACCUGGGGGUGAGCUCCGAGGGGGUGGUGACGGGCCGCUCCGACGCCAUUGGAUCCAGGGAGCAGUGGGAACCGGUGUUCCAGGAUGGUAAGAUGGCCCUGCUGGCCGCCAACAGCUGUUUUGUGUCCUACAGCGAGGAUGGGGACAUAGUGGCCAAGAGCAAGAUGGCGGGAGAGGAGGAGAUGCUAAAGAUCCGCUGCUGCGCCGAGAGGGAGGAGAAGAAGAACGACGACAUUGCGGACGAGGACCGCGGCAACGUGAAGAGCUGCGAGAUCAACUACGUGAAGAAGUUCCAGAGCUUCCAGGACCACAGACUUCGCGUGAACGAGGGCGACUGCAGCGAGCUGAAGAAGGCCCGCCUGGACGGCAAGUUCCACGAGGCGCUGUUGGACCGGAGGUCCAAGAUGAAAGCUGACAGAUACUGCAAAUGAGAAGAUCGUUGCUGUGUGUGGUCUUUACGUCUCUGUUGUUUUCUUGUUGUUACAAUGACUUUUGUUGAGUGUGUUUUAUUAAAAGUGACAUUCAGGACUUUUCCAUUGGCGUUUGUGUUAUUAAAGUU